AUGCAGCCUAAUGGAUUGUUUGAGAGGCCGAUGCGGACGGCGGACUGCGGUCAGAUCGCGAAAGGUACGUACAAUACUACCGAAUCUCUCUUAUAUUGGGCGCGCGACACAAUAGCCGCGCUCAUCGCUCCCGAAGGAAUCCCAUCAAAAUCUGGAAGGGGCUCAUCAAUAUCCCGACAAAAACGGCUGCAAAAAGCGCCGGGCGGAUUUUUAUUCGACGGAAUCCGUCCGAGAGGGCCCGGGUUCGGUCCCGAGGUGCCGUCAAACGAGCCGAAUCGGCAAAAAUGUGCA